AUGAAUGCAUGCAGGGCUGGCUUGGGCGCCUCCAGGGUGAACACCCUGAGGCAGUCUCGGCCGUGUCAGGGGAUCGCGCCUUCCGCCCGCCGCCUGCGGCACGUGUGCAGAGCAGGAGGACGAGAUGUGGUGGUACUGGGUUCCCGUGGCAAGAUUGCUGCGCGCAUCGUGCAGCAGCUGCUCAGCCAAGGCUAUGGGGUGACGGCAGAUGCGGAUGAGGGCCGGUCCCAGGACCUGUUGGAAUUCGCCUCCAAGUUUGGGCUGCUCUCCGCCUCAGAGCGCAAGGCCCUCAAGCUCGUGGACUUUGACGCCACGGAUGUGGACAGCGUCGGCCUGGCCCUCGGGGGCAGGGGCAGCCAGCGCGUGGUACUGGUGGCCGGCGACUCUGUGGGCAGCAUGCGCAUCGAGGACUCGGUGGCCAGCGCGGCCAUCGACGCCGUGCUUUCCUCCAGCGCCCGCGUGUCCCAGUUCGUGCUGGUCUCGCAGCUGGCCGGCGGCGGCGGCGGGUGGUUCGGGCUUGGCGGCGGGUCGCGGGGCGCCAAGCUCUCGUCCCUGGAGCAGGCCGUGGUCGACAGCGCCGACUCCGCGCUCCUCCUGCGCACUGGCAAGUGGAGCGAGGACGGGGGGAACUCUGGGGUGGUGGAGAGCCUGGGCCUGACCAGCGGCGACGGCGUGGUGGAGGUUGGGGCCGGCGGCAGCGAGGAGGAAGGUUCUCUCAGGGACCAGAUUCAGAGGGUGCUCAGCACAUCGGGGGCAGCUGUGCCCAAGUCACGUGCCUCUACCGCCACCAGUUCUGAGGAGGAGCAGGGGACGAAGCAGAAGGGACUGGGGUGGAGCCUGGGAGGCAAGACGGUGUCUUCUCGAGGGGAGCCGGCGCCCUCUGGGAAGCGGGCCAGCACCGUCUCAGUGAGGGCAGGUCGCGGCGGGACCCAGUCCAGCAAAGGGACUGGCACCGUGAAGCAGGAGGGCUCAGGGGCGAGGGGCUGGUUCAAGAAGGCGGCUGCCAGUGCGACGGGGCCGAGCGGGGCGCCUGCCUCUGGUUCCUCUCGCGCAGAGGCCAAGAAGCUGGUGAAGAAGCUGGCAGACCCAGAGGAGGAGCAGGUCAAGGGCGAGGGUGGCCCUCUCUGGGGCUUUGGGAGGAAACGGCAGCCAAAGGGUGGUUUCCUGGAUUUCUUCAGCAAGAAGGGCUGA